AUGCCUCAGAUAUACAACCGUAUCCCAACACCUCCCACUGUGACGGAGAGACACCGCUCGUCGUCGGUCUCCUCUGCCUCCUCAUCGUCGAGCUCGUCGUCUUUGUCGGACACACCACGGCCAACGGACGUUGAUGACUCUAUUGUCCUCUCGGAUUUAGUACGCACUGGGGAGGCGUCGAGGCUGCGACGGCGCGGUGCUAUGCGUCUUGACCAUGGACAUCAUAAUGCCUUGGGCUCCACAUACACUGCUCCCCGCGAAACCAGUCCAGCACCAUGGGAUUCAGACGACGAGCCGGGAGUCGUGACGUAUCCCCACCGACAACGCCGGUUCUCGUCCUCUCGAAGGCGAAGGCACGAGGAAGAGGAGAGUGAAGUUGAAGAGUACCGGUACACCCUCGUUUGCGGCGCUGAGAUCCAACAAAGUGGCGAAGAGGACCCUUGUGAGCCAUGGACGCCAUCCAUCUUCCCCAUCCUGCCCGCCACCUCGUCUUCAACCCCCAAAAUACCCACACGGCGAAAGACGAACGGGUGCGGCGCCAUUAUCCACCUGCGCGCUGCCCCCCGUCCAAGAGUGCACAUGUGGGCCGCGCGGACCCCCGCCUCAAGCUGCGUCGUCCCCUUGGAAGCACACUAUUUCGACAACACCGAGGAAGCCGCGAAGUUUGAGCGCAGUUCUUGCGGCUGUGUCAAGGAGGGCGUGGGAUGCGCGGUGUGUGGUAAUCCGUUGGGGACGAGGUAUAUCCCGUGUAGGAUGGCUGCGAGUGGGAUGUACUCCCCUGGGCAUAAGCAUUAUACUUCGUCCCUACAGGCCCCGUGGCCGAGCGAUGCGCAAGGGUUUCCGCUGGGUCCUGAAGGCCCGCGGUACUGGCAUCCGACACCCUCUUCUUCGAAGUCGGCGUUUCAAGUGCAUUCUUUCUUUUCAAGUGCUGUUACUUCGUACCCUGAGUACAACCUCCCACCAAAAGGCGCUUCGGAAGUGCCAUCCACUAUCAGCAUGCAGGAACCUUCGACGAUAUACUUUGACCGACACAUCACAUCUUCUCCAUCCUCGUUCGAGUCAUCGAGCUCCACUUUCCGGGACCGGGAGUCCAGUUUCCCAAUGCGGAGUCAAGAGUCCGGCGUGCAGCCUACAACAAGUUCGAGCUCAACGAGCUUUUAUCAACAAACUACCCCUCCCACCUUUUACCAGCAACAAAUCCUAACUGCCUGGGACCGGGAGAGGGAAGAAACGAGGAGGCCUACUCCUGGGGCUGCGGCUGGUAGGAGACGGAGGGAGACGUGGAAUGGGUUCGAGAAUGAGAAUGAUCAGGAACAAGAUACGGAUGUGGGUGUGUGGGGUGUGUGGGGCGGCGGGAUGGGGAGUGCUUCGAUGAGUGCUGCUGGUGGGGGUGGGUGGAUGGGGAUUGAUGAGGAGGAUUUGCAGUGGCGCGGGGAGGGUGUUGGUGGUGGUGAGGAAGAGGAAGAGGGGGCGGAUAAGGGUGAGGGUGGGGAGGGGAUGUGGCUUGAGCGAUGA